UCACGCGCUCAACCAUGCAUCAGGUGACGUCAGUAAAUCCCGGUGGGUUCAGGGUUCGAGGCCUUUUGGGGGUGAAUUUGGGAUGGAGCCAUAGAUUUAUGGUGUACUGGCCCUUUAAAUGGGCUUCUGCAUCCGGGUCAUCUCUGUCAUUCCCUCUGACAGUCUGACAGACUGGUGCCGAUGACAACACACCCCUGACGGGCUUGUUUACGGAGGGUUAACGGGUACCAAACACGCAUCACUGUCUACGUUAAAGUAAAACGCCUCUGUAAUAGAGCAGGUUAGUUAGCGGCGUCGCACGUUAGCACACGGAGUGAGAGGUGAAGUGUGGGGCAGGAGGAGGCCAAAGAGAAACAUGGAGGGCGGUCUGUGAAUACUUGUUUACACACAGCGCUAGUUAGCUAUCAGCUAACGUUAAUGUCAGGCAUGGAGAGGUACAAGACAGCCCGAUGCUCUUAGUGUAGCGCAAAGAGAAUCGUUAAAACCCAGGCCAGCGUCACCUAUCGUCCCUAUUAUAACAUCCUCUAACGGUGCGCUGCCGCUGGCCCUCGGUUCACGAUGGCCCAGAACCAAGUGAUCCUGCAGUUCCGCUUCUCCACUUUCGGGGACUCCAUGCUGCAGAAGAUGAACCUCUUGCGACACCAGAAACGCUUCUGUGAUGUCAGUGUGCGCAUCAACCAGCUGGAGGUCUCCGGCCACAAGGUAGUGUUUGCAGCCGGCUCCUCCUUCUUGAGGGACCAGUUCAUCCUUCAGCAGGACUCCAGGGAGGUCCAGAUCUCCAUGAUCCAGGAGGCGGAGGUGGGCCGGCAGCUGCUGCUCUCCUGCUACACGGGUCAGCUGGAGUUUCCUGAGCUGGAGCUCGUGAAUUACCUGACAGUGGCCAGCUUCCUCCAAAUGGGCCACAUUGUGGAGCAGUGCACUCAAGCCCUGAGCAAGUUCAUCAAGCCUCCGUCCGCGCGCAAGCUGGACGACGUGGAUGUGGGCAUGAAGAGCGCGAAGAGGGAGGAGGGUUUAACCUCCCAGGUUCAGAGAGAGAAAGAGCGCUCAGAGGUUCGGACUGCUCUUCGUCAUGAUGAUGAUGAGGAGGAGGUGAUGCAAGUUGGGAACGUCAACAAUAACGACGACCACGGCAGCAGCGACGUGGACGGCGGCUCCGAUGUGGACGACGGCGGCAGCGACGAUGUGAUCAUACAGCCUGCGUCCCCCGUUCAGGCCUCGGGCAAGCGCACGAAGCGGGGUGCGGUGGAGAGCGACAUCACCAUAGUAAAGGUGGAGUCUGUGUCUGACGUGGCGGAAAACUCCGUCACCGGCAACCUGCUCACCAGCCCCGCUCCCCCAACCCUCCACUCCCCCGAGCCCCAGCACUCUCUCAUCAACUCCACCGUGGACAGCCGCGGCAGCGAGAUGGCGGCCCCGCCCGGCGCGGCCGGGUACCCGCUCAGCCCCCCUCCCGCCGAGAAACACGGCGCGCACCAGAGGAACUACGACAAGCCGCUCCAGUGGUACCACCAGUGCCCCAAGUGCGCCCGGGUCUUCCGCCAGAUGGAGAACUACGCCAACCACCUCAAGAUGCACAAGCUGUUCAUGUGCCUGCUCUGCGGCAAGACGUUCACGCAGAAGGGCAACCUGCACCGGCAUAUGCGCGUCCACGCCGGCAUCAAGCCCUUCCAGUGUAAGAUCUGCGGCAAGACCUUCACCCAAAAGUGUUCUCUGCUGGAUCACCUGAACCUGCACAGCGGGGACAAGCCGCACCGCUGCAACUACUGUGACAUGGUUUUCGCUCACAAGCCGGUUCUCCGCAAGCACCUCAAACAGAUCCACGGGAAGAACAGUUUCGACAACGCAAACGAAGGCAACCUGCACGAGGGCGGGCUCGACUUUGAUUUUGGACAAAUGAAAUCUGUGGACCUUUUUUAGCAGCCGCGGUUGAUUGGCAAAAGCAUCGGCCAUGCUUUGUUAUCAGUUGAAGAAGGAGACACAGUGUGUACUCUACGAGUGUCGGAUGAGCGAACACGAUGGCUGGUUUCCAAUAAUGUCGGCCUCAUCCCGAUGGGUUUAACUGGAGAAUGUAAACAUGAAGGAAGGAACUGUCCCUUACAUUUCAUUUCUAGAUUUUCUUUUCGUAGAUGCCUUUAUAUCGUACUUGAAAAUUCAACACUGAAACACAAAACAUAAUGACUGUAUUUCAUUAGUUUUAUUGAUGAAUUAACAUGUCUGUGUCCAUGUUUAACACUGUAACAUAUUUAUAUGUGUAUAUAUACAGUCUAGUGUAGCCUAUCAUUCUUGCCUGUGAGAAUAUGACACCAUGGACUUCAUAACUUAUUUGCUUGAUUGAAGGUGGGAUUGAAAAAAUAUUUAAUUGAAGGCGAGCUACAUAUAAUGGGAUAAAUAUGAUGCCAAAGUAUCUAUAUGACCUGAAAUUGUUCUUUUAUACACACUUUAUAUCCAAGGUACUUUUGGACCAAUGUGACAAUGUAUCUUAUCCUGUGUUCAUGGCAGUCAAUACAUAAAAAAAACGAUUCUUAAUCGGUGUUGGUUUCAACACUCUUCUUGUCCCCAGUCAUGCGAAUGUUUAGUCAAAGUUUUUGGUUAUGUGCGGCAUCCAAAA